AUGCUGUCAACAUCUGUACGCCGGGCCGCAUGGGCGCCCCUCUCCGGCGUAUCUCGCUCUACCCAGAACAUCCCCUGUACUGGUCUCCUGGACGCAACCCGCCAUGUGCAGCAACGACGAUACUCCUCAUCUUCCUCCAAACCGCCAGUUCCUCCGAGCGAUGGAUCGCGCCGCCUGGAUACUUCCACCCCGGCCAAGGGAGUGAACUCUUCCAGUGAGAAGGGUAAGACUUCCCGCCGCCGAGGCAAGGAUAGCGGUGCCCGCAGCGGAUCUUCCAAAUCCAGUCAGCAGCAUGCAGCAUUUUCCAAGCUUCCCAGCGUCCCCUCCACGCAACACCGCCAACCACAUGACGUUCACGUCGCUUCAUUUUUCUCCAUCCACCGUCCCAUUUCCGUGACCACCACGGUCCCCCCAACCUCGACCCCCGAAGCUUUCGAUGCGAUCUUCUCCAAGAGACUUCUGAAAAACGAGCCUGAAGAUGUUAUCUUCACUCUCUCCUCCACAGCCCAGUCUCUGGAGUCCGGCGCCAACGGCAUGUUCGAACCCGAAGAACAACUCGGUCAGCUUCACGGCCGCUUCACCAGCGACGCUAACGGCGAGCUCCAAAUUCUCGACGGUGCCGACAGCCGUAUGUCCGUCGAGGAAUACGUCCGUCGUCUUCGUCCCUUCCACCCUCCCCCACCUCCUGUUCCCAUGGACAUGACCGCUGAGCUCGAGAUCGAUGCCAUGGAAUCCCAAGAAGCUCUCUCCCAGCAGGAAACCACCUACUCCACCGUCCUGACUAUCCGGGAAUCCCGUCACGCCGAUGGUCGUAAGACCUACGAGGCUUCCACUGGUCCUUUUGUUCGUGAUGAGAUGGAGGCUCCUGGUCUGCACGAGGAUUUUUCCAUUGAUGCUCCCAGCUCUUCUUCCGGCAUGACUUAUGUUGAGCGUUUGCGUCAAAAUUCCACCAUGCAUGCGCUUAGCACUAAGAGACGCCGUAAGGCUAAGAUGAAGAAGCACAAGUUUAAGAAGCUGAUGCGGAGAACGCGAACUCUGCGCCGGAAGCUUGAUAAGGCUUAG